AUGAUAGACACCACAACAACGCUCAAAGAAACGAAUCUCAAUGACACGGGUGAUGUGGACGAAGGGAUGCUUGCCAAGGAGAAAUUGAAGGUAAGAAGCCAUCAAGUUGCUUUGGACACUCCAAUAAAUGAACACUUUAUCUUACAGACCGAGGCAUUCUCAAAUUCGUUGCAAACUGUUACAAGGACCGUCUAUCCGCUGUCGCGCAUCUUCGACUUUGCUCAGGAGGAUUUGGAGCUAAUUUUAAAGGAGUUGGACAAGUGGCUGAACGAAUCGAAAAAGUGCGAGAGCUUACUCAAAGAGAGAGAUGCUCAAGGCAUAGGUGACAGUCAUAAGUGCGUUUCUAUGAUUACAUUUUUUCGUUUCAGCCCAUAA